CAAACAAAAGAAGAACAAAGAAGGAGAACAAGGAAAAAAAAAACAAGAAGCAGCAGAGUCCAAUGGCUUCUCAGAUGAUCCCAAUAGCACUUAUUCUCUCCCUCUCCCUCUCCCUCCUCCCUUCUUCUCUUGCUGUGGUUAUUUGUGAGGAGUUGCCCUUAGAUCUAUGUGCUUUCUCGAUAUCAACGGCGGGACAUCGAUGCAUUCUGGAGAGCUAUCGGGCAAAAGAUGGCGGAGAGCAGACAAAGAAUCAGUGCAAGACGUCGGAUGUAGUGGUGGAGAGGGUUUCGGAUUGGAUAGAGACUGAUGAAUGUGUGAGGGCUUGCGGUGUCGAUCGAACUGCCAAAGGAAUCUCUUCUGAUGCCCUCCUUGAUUCACAAUUCACUGGAAAGCUCUGCUCAUCGACUUGCCAUGAGAGCUGUCCCAAUAUUGUAGACCUUUACUUCAACCUUGCAGCAGCUGAAGGUGUUUUCCUUCCAGAUCUCUGCCAUGCUCGUCGAUCAAGCCCGCACAGAUCGAUGGUGGAGCUGCUGAGCUCUGGGGCUGCCUCUGGUCCAGUUGCAGCAGCCAGUGCGAUCGCCGAUGAAGUCGCUCCUCCUCCUUCAGCAUAAUCAAUUGGUUCUCUGCAUAUAGAUACAUACUUAUAGCAGCUUUGUUUGGAGUGUAAAGAAAUGUAAGGAGAUUGAAGAGCACAAAAGAAGGAACCAUACAUAUUUCUUGCAUCUAUAGAUUCACAUGUAUUUUAUAUAAAUUCUUUUUACCAUGUAACUAGUGAUUCAAAAGGGUUUAUUUGGAUUCUA